AUGCCGUUUGGCUAUAUAACAGUUUACUUCAUUGCUGGAGGUGCGGCGGGUGCUGCCAGUAGAACUGUGGUAUCGCCUCUAGAACGGUUGAAAAUUAUCCAGCUGACAUCUUCGGAUCAGCAGUACAGGGGAGUAUGGAGGAGUUUGGUAAGGAUGUGGAGAGAAGAAGGUUGGAGAGGAUUCAUGAGGGGAAAUGGCAUUAACUGCGUACGAAUUGUUCCGUACAGCGCCGUUCAGUUUACAGCCUACGAACAGAUCAAGAAGUGGUUCACGGCCGGUGGAACCAGAGAACUCGAUAUACCGCGUCGAUUGUGCAGUGGCGCACUGGCUGGGAUUACAUCUGUCUGCGCAACUUAUCCUUUAGACCUCGUUCGUUCUCGACUGUCAAUUGCGACCGCAUCCAUACCUCUGGCACGAGCAUCGUUGUCAGCAUCCGUACCUGGUCACCCUGCCGCGGGUCAGCCGGCCAAGUUCCUGAAGUCAGAACUGACGAUGAUGGGGAUGACAAGGAAGGUUAUGCUAGAGGAGGGCGGUAUCCGCGGGUUGUAUCGUGGUCUCUUCACCACGGCAUUCGGUGUAGCGCCUUAUGUUGGCAUCAACUUUGCGGCAUACGAGGCGUUAAGAGGCGUGAUCACACCUCCAGGGAAGAGCAGCAUACCGAGGAAACUGCUUUGCGGUGCUCUCGCCGGCACGAUAUCGCAGUCGCUCACGUAUCCGGUGGACGUGCUUAGGCGUAAGAUGCAAAUGUCUGGGAUGGCUGCAGCAGGUGCCUUGGGAGAAAAGUACGAUAGUGCCUUCGAUGCCGUGCGAAGUAUUCUCCGCAGGGAAGGCGUGAAGGGACUCUAUAGAGGCCUAUGGCCAAACCUACUCAAAGUUGCGCCAUCCAUCGCAACUUCCUUCUUUACCUACGAACUGGUGAAGGACUACCUCCUCAGCCUAUAA